AUGGUGACGACGCUCGCCACGGUGGCGAGCGCGAGGAAAGCGCGCGGGCGUCGGGGGAACGCGUGGCGCGUGUACGGACCGACGGCGACGACGGCGGCGAGCGUCGCGCUUCUGUGCGCCGACCCGAUGCGACACGUGCUUCAGGAUCACGAAUUGUGGACGACGAACAGCGCGAUGUAUCGUCCAGGGUGCGAGCACGGCGAUAUUCGAUGUUUGAGCGUCGUGGGGUGGGUGUUCUUGACGUGCACGUACCUCGGAUUUGCGUGCUUAAUAGUCGGCGCGCUUUGGAACGCCGACGCGCUCGGCAAACUCGGGCGCGAGUUCCGUCGCAGGUUGGAGGGCGAUGAUGCAGAUUUCGAGGCGUAG